AUGUUUCAUUCUUACGAGGCCGAGGAGCCAGAAGGUGGAUGGAAGACAUUCAGUCAAUUCUUCUACCGUAAACUCAACCCGGUGCUCGUCCCAUUGCUAGCCCAGACGAUGACCGCGUCGUCGUAUCUCCCGCCGAUUUUCACCUUCGCUGGCGCGUACUUGAUCAACGAGAAGUCUGAAGUCACCCUCAAGGUCUCCCGUGGAAGAUGA